GUCAUAUUGCGCGUGCACUGUCAGUGGUCUCGUUUCUUGUCCAAUCGUGUGUGUCCUCAGUGUGCACGCAGCUCUCCUCCAGCCAUCAUCCGAGCAGAGAGAGGCAGAGAGAGGCAGAGAGAGGCAGCCACCCCCGGAGCACCAGCAACCACCAUCACACAGCCAGAGGAAAACGCUGCGUGAAGAACAAUGGGACCCUUCCAAGAAUAUGAGCUCUGACAGAUGUUGCUUCGAACAGGAAAAGAAGUCCCCGGAGAAAGGGAGCCCCCGCAGCCGCAUCCCGCGUUUGGUCCUCCAUCCCUUCCGGCCUAAAGACAAAGGUUCGCCUCUGUCCGACUCACCUUUUUCAGAGGAGGAGGGAAAGGAGUGUGACAGCUCAGACGUCUCCAAAAGGACCAUCAGCACCAACAGCUUCUGCUCUGAUGACACCGGCUGCCCCAGUAGUCAGUCUGUGUCCCCCUCCAAAACCCCGUCAGGCUCAGAGCAGAGUGCCCACGGCUCGCCCAUACUCCCCGAGCGCAAGACCAAAGGGAAGAGGGUGAGGAUGAUGGCCGAGUGGAGCGGGGAACCCCGGAGCGCCCCGAGGCACAAGAGGGAGCUGAGGUCGGCCAUGAAAUCCAGAGGUAGUGAAGCCGACUUUAGCUCCUCUAGCAGCACGGGCAGCCUGAAGACCCGGGAGAGCCUCGCCUCUCUGUCGGCUGGAAAGAGAGCUCCUUCACGCAGUCGCAGCGCCUACAUCAGACCGCUCCCAGUGUUCAAACCAGCCGGGAGCCCUACAGCCAACCGCGAUGCAGAGCUCUACGCUCCCUACAGGAGCCCCCCCACAGCCGCCUCCUCAACCAACAGCAGCAGCUGCAACUCCAGCCCCACCACCAGAAGAGCGAGCCUGGGCCGCUACCACUCCUGUGGAGACAACCAUGGCAUCAGAGCCCCGAACCCAGAGCAGUACCUCACCCCCCUCCAGCAGAAGGAAGUGACCAUCAGACACCUGAAGAGCCAACUGAUGGAGGCAGAGAACACUGUUCAUGACAGAGAGACGGAGGUGGAGGAGCUUAAGGCCCAGCUCGGCAGAAUGAGGGAAGACUGGAUUGAAGAGGAGUGUCACCGGGUGGAGGCUCAGCUGUCCCUCAAAGAGGCUCGCAAAGAGAUCAAGCAGCUGCGUCAGGUGGUGGAAACGAUGAAGAGCAGCCUGAUGGAGAAGGAUAAGGGAAUCCAGAAGUAUUUCAUUGACAUCAACAUUCAAAACAGGAAGUUGGAGUCCCUGCUGCAGAGCAUGGAGCUUGCCCAGAGCGGCUCCAACCUCCAAGAAGAAAACACCUUGGACUUCAUCUGUGACAGCCCCAGAAACUGUGGGAAGAGGGUGGAGGAGGGUGUGAUGGAGCUGGGAACCCAAGGGGCGGAGGCCAUGGCGGACAGCGGGCUGCUGCUAAACGAUGAGAUGGCCAACAGAGCGGACAUUUUGGAGCAGGUCUUCAUGUCCACUGCGGUGGAUUAUAGUCAGGACUCUAGCGGCAAGUUGAGUUCAGGGACAGAGUGUGGACCUGAGGUGUCCACGCUGUCAGAGGGACAGUUGAUUGACGAAUCCACUGCACCUCUACCAAACAGCGUUUCUGCCACCAUCGUCAUCUCGCCGAGCACACAUUCCCAGCAGAACACGGACGAUAAGGGAAUCCAGACCGACGUAGCGCCCAUGUCUCCCGACUUGCAGGCUCUGCUCGUCCAGCUGCUCAACUUCCACAAGACAUCCGCGGGGGACACGACGCUGUCAGCCUGCAGCAGUCUUUUGGGUCUCCCAAACUUGCCCAAUGUUGCUUCUGAUCUCCCUGACCCAACACCUCCCCCACCCAGCAUGCGUAGUCCUGCUCACCAAGAGAGCCCAGACACCUCUUCAGAUUCUGGCAUGUGCUGCUCGGAACCUGCAGAGAGCCGGCGGUUCAUGGAGGAGCUGGAUUUUAGUGUCGGCGAGGACGAAACUUGUCCUCUGUCAUCGGGACUGGAUGUGGCCGGUAAGCGUUACUGGAGCAACAGCUUCCUGGUGGAUCUGGUUGCCGUGGCAGCGCCUGUGCUACCCACGGUGGCCUGGCUGUACUCGCGGCACGGUGUGGAUGGAAGCGCUCCGGUGUACAACAUCGCUGCUCUUAUCAGGGGCUGUUGCAUCAUGGGAUUGCACUCGCUUCGUCACGUCGCUCACAGGCCCAAUGCAUAAAGGCUGCCCCCCCCCGCAUGCACACGGAGUACCUAGAACUAAAAGCACUUAAGCAUUUGUAUUUGUGACUUUGUUGUUGCAGCUUUUUGUUAACACUUGCUAUCAAUGCAGUUAUUUUGGUAACACUUACUAUUGCACUGUGCAGUUACCAUGAGUUUAAGCAAAAUGGUGACAUUAAUGGGAUUAUUUAUGAAGGGGGGUUAUUUAUGAAGGGGGAUAUUUAUAUAUUUAUCAUUUACAUGUAUAAGCUGAUCAUCUGGGUAGAUGGUUGUGUUAGCAUUGUCCUGUGGUGUCCCUAGGUGUUCUUGUGUUUAAAUAUAAAAAAAUAAGUUCUUUAUGUUAUGACAUUUAGUCUCUGUUUUGAUGAGUUUGGAAAUUCAACAGUUUUUGAGUUGUGUUAUAAAAUCUUGAGCCAAAGUUAAUGUGAGUUCACUGUUUUGUGAAGUGUGUAUUUUCUUUCCUGGGAGUAGAGCUUUAUUUAGCCUGUGCAUUGUUCAUAGAAAUAAGCUAAUGCUUUGAAGCAAUCGACACUUGUUAUGUGCCUGAGCGAUGUGCAAUACUGGGUUGUUUACAUCAAAUGUCCUUGUAUCUUUAUUAAUAAAGCAUGAUAAAAUCUG